AUGCGUAAAUUUACAACACUUUUUUUAAUUUUUACUAUAUAUCUUUCUUUUUAUUUGAUUUGUUCCAAUGACAUUUUUGAUGAUAUUAUUAUCAUUGAAGAAUCAGAUGAAUUAAAUAGCAGUGAUAUAGAUCCAUUAAAAACUUCAGGAGAUGAAAAUAUAGUUGAUAAUACUAACAAUAUAAAAGAAAUAAUGUUUAAAUGGACAGGAGAAAAUGAGAAGCUUUUUUAUUAUAAAAUUAUUUUAUUCAUAUGUAUUCUAAUUAUUGCAAUACUUAACGGCAUAAUAGGAAAAAAAAAAAAUAAAUUUGUAGCACUAUAUUGGCUAAGAUCCUGUAAAGAUAUUUUUAUAGAAAAUUUUGCAAAAAUAGGUAAUGAAAAAUCUUUUUUAUUAGAAAAAUCAUAUGAUAAUUAUGAAUUUUUUUGCACAGGGAGAAAAAAUUGUAAUUUUUAUUUAGUUAAUUUAAAUUUAAGUAAAAGGCAAUGCAUUUGGAGAUAUUAUGUAUUGCAUUAUUUUAUUAAGCAAAAUGAUACAAUGAAUAUAGCUAUAAAUUUUGAAAAAUUAGAUAAAAAUAUUUUAUGCAUAUAUAAAAAAAAUCAAAAAAAACAAGUUGAAAAUGCGUUCCCUAUCUUAAAUAAGUACACAAAAUUUAUAAACAAAAAAGAGUUAAAAGAAAUUUAUGAUGUAAAAGGAGAUUCAUCUGAAAUUACUGAUUUAGUUUUAAGUGGAAGAAUUUUAAACUUUAUAAAUAGCCAUGAUAAAUAUAUAAAUUAUAUUUGUAUUACUGACAUUCCUUUAUAUGAUUAUGAAGAAAAAACAAAUGAUAAAAAGAACGAAAAUAAUAAAACUGAAAAGCACAAAUAUUGUUAUUUAAAUUUUAUUAUACCAAAAAAUGUAGAAGAUCUAAGAAAAUUAAUAAACUUCUCUAUAUAUAUGAUUGAUGCUUGUCAUUGUAUUGAAUUAUCUGAGAAAGUAAGAGAUCAUGUAAAAAAAUUAAGAAGUAUAGUUGAAAAGGAGGAUAUAAAAAGGAAACAAGAAUUGAAGGAAAUUCAAGAAAAAAAAAAAGCAAAAAAGAUACAAGAGGAAAAAGAGAAAAUUGAUAAAAUGUCAGCAGAACAACAAAGAAAAUAUGAAGAAAAAAAAAAAAAAAAAAAUUUAAAGAAAAUAAAAAAAAUAAAAGUUAUAAAAAUGUAA